CAGCGCUAUUUGUUGGAAAAAAAUGAAUAUAUAUAUUUUAAUCCAAUAAUUAAACUUUGUAAAUUUUUUAACCCUUUCUCUAUUGUUUGUCUCCAUCUUCAAAGUUCAAAUGUCCUUAUAUAUGAAUCACAGAAAGACUUGUUUGUGAAAUUUUAUUUUCCGCCAGAAGAACUCAUCGUUUUGACUUAUAAGGUGUUAACGAAUUCGUCAAUAGUCGUCGUUGAUUAAACCAUCAUCAUGGAAGGUUACUUGAAUGAGAGGUACGAGGCCUUGAAAAUGCUCAUUCCUAUCCCGACUAAGGGAAAUAGAGCAUCCAUCGUUCAAGAUGGGAUCGAUUACAUCAACGACUUACGCACAUUUGUAAGCGAGCUUAAGGUAUUGGUUGAGAAAAAAAAAUGUGGUGGUAGACACAAGAACAUUAAUGAAGUAGGCAGUAGAAACCCAUCAUAUGAUAUUAGUGAGAUCGAUCAUCGAUUCUUCAAGAUGAGACUUUAUAAUGACGAUGAAACUAUGGAGAAGAAGCCCGAGAGGGAUGAAACAAGCAACAACUCGCUCAGGAAAUCAAAAGUAACAGAAGUUCACGUUAGGAUUGUUGAUGAUGAAGUGACAAUCAAAGUUAUGCAGAAGAAGAAGUUUAAUUGUUUGUUAUUUAUCUCCAAAGUUCUUGAUGAGCUUCAUCUCGAUCUUCACCAUGUGGCUGGAGGACAGAUUGGUGAGCAUUACAGUUUCUUGCUCAACACUAAGCUAAGUGAAGGAUCAACAACGUGUGCAAGUGCAAUAGCAAACAGAGUGAGUGAAGUUGUGGAUAAGCACUGCAUGGAUGCUCUUCCCAUCAAGAACUAAUUAUAAGCCUAGCUUCAUAUAUGUUCUGUUGUUAUUCCAUGUUUACUCAUUUGCAAGACUAAAUAAAACUUAUCCUUGGCGCCAAAUUAAGAUGUUAAUAUAGUCUCUGAUCCGGUUG